AUGACCGGCAGAGGACCGCGUGGCGGCGCGAAGACGCUGCUGGCUCCGAUCCAUUUCAUCUUCAAGCUCCUCCAGCAGCGAGCGACGGUCUCGAUAUGGCUGUACGAACAAUUGGCGGUUCGCAUAGAAGGGAAGAUACGGGGAUUUGAUGAAUUCAUGAACCUCGUGGUGGACGACGCGGUGGAAGUGAAGCAGGCGACCAAGACCGAGGCAGAGUCGAGAAGACAGCUCGGCCAGAUACUACUCAAGGGUGACAACGUAUCGUUGAUCCAGACGGUUCAAUCGUAA